ACGAGAAUUUCCGAACAAUUGUACACAUGAGAUCGCGGUAUUCGAAGAAGAAGUCUCGCAGACGCGUCGAGGAAACGGCGAAAGGAUAAUAGAAAGUGGAGGAUGAAACGUAAGACGACUGUUUGAGCGGAGAGUGGACGAAGGGCCGAACUCAUGAGGCCGUUGUCCUUCGAGAACCUGAGGAGGCUCGUCGGCCGCAAGAAGGACCGCAACGAGCCAUCCUUCAAACGCAGCGAGUCCUUCAAAAGGAUAUCGAUAAGAAAAAGUUAUUUGGAUCGGGGCAAGCGACGUAACAAGCUUCAGAAAAACUUGGAGCCGACUGUCGCGCCGACUGCCAUCGAGUCCAACUUGAAGCCGAUCGAGAAGCAGACCAUAAUAAAGGAACAGAAACCGCGAAAGCUACAGGACGACACGUUGACUCGCGAAUCGAUCAGCUACGACGAAUGGCUACAGGGUGUUAGCUCGUCUUCACGCGAGAAACUGGACGAGGCGCAUCGCGAUCAGCAACAAAACAAGCAACAACACGUUCCGGCAAGAAACAACGUUUCCAAGGUUCAAAAGCAAAACGAAGCCGACCACGUGGCCGAGGACCUGAAGGUUCUCGAGUUGGACGCGUCGCCCGUGUUACCCUCGAAACCGUUCAGAGUCUGCAACGAGACGAUCCAAGAGAAGAAUAGUCAUCAGGAUAUCCUGCAGGUUCAGGAACCGUCGAUCGAAGGACCACCCAGCGUCAGCAUCAAUCUCGGUCGAAUAUGGAGGGACGCGGUGCCGAUGCCCUUCCCUUCGUCCUCGAGUUCGUCGAUACACCACUCGUUAGAUAGCGCGCUGAAGGAGAGGAAGCCUCAACCCACCGUAGCGAGAACGGUGUCCGCUCCGGAGAAAAGCGUGGCUGGCAAAGACGUCUCGUCGGCGUUCGGAUUUUCUCUGAGGAUCGCCAAGCUGGCCGAUUUUCGUGCAGGGGCUACGAGGAAUGGUUUCUUUAACCGAAGGACGAGCAAACCGUCGCCAAGCGUGAGCGCCGAGGGUUACUUUAAACGAACGAACAGCUCGAGGCGGUCUAGUUCUCGACGACGUGGAAGGCGGACGUCUCAGAGGACGAAGAAGUCUCAGCUUCAGGUUCAGCCGGUGCGAUCGAACAGCCCCGUGUGGUUCGUACCACCGGAAAGGCGGCGCUCGAGACGUCAGAGACGAGUGUGGCGCGAGAUCAGAUACUUCCCUGAGACCGAAAUUCCCGUGAUCGAAAGAAUCGACGACUGUUCGUCGAAUCUGUCGGACGAUCAGUUCGACGAUCUGAAGCUGUUGCUUUCAGGGGACUUUAACGAUAGACGAGAGGGAGGCUUGAACUCGUUGGUCUCGUCCUCGUUGGGUUCCUUUUCAGCAACAUCCUCCUCAUCGUCGGCUUGUCGGGCACCAAAGAUCAGCGAUUUCAACGAAGACAAACUGUUCUCCGAGGAGCUACGAACCAGCGGCGUCCUCGCGCGAAGAACCACAUGGCGACCCAUAACUUCCAACUACUUCGCCAGCAACCAGUUUCUCAGCUUCCUGUCGAAAGGUUCGAGCAACCUCAUCGGCAAAGAGAGGACGAGGGCCGACUACAGGUGUCUCUCGUCUACCGACAGCGAAACCGAGGACGAGUCCGAUCGUGUUGGUCUUGAGCGCAGGAAAAGCUCUCACGCGAUGCAUAGGCAGCAAUACCUGAAGAGGCAAAGAUCGGGACUCAGAAGAAGGCCACUCAGGCGAAAGUCUCAGCUUCGAAAAGCUUCCGGCCAGCCAGUCUUUCUCGUGCGAAAGUGCUCGUCCUUGAGGAAAAGACCCAGGGACAUUACACAAAAGGGAUACGAAAAGAAACGGACGCGUCUACUGCAGCAGUAUGCGUCGAAGCAGUUGGGGGCUGGAAAGGAUGGAGGAGGUGUCGGCGUCCUCGGUAUCGCAGGGGUCGAGAGAACGGGUUAUGGAAGCGGCGGUGGUGGUGGUGGUGGUGGUGGUAUUGGUGUCGGUGGGUGCGUCGGCGUCGGCGUCAGUGUCGGCGUCGGUGGCCGACCACAGCCACGUGCACGUCGCACGCAACGCCGUGUCACGCACAACGAGAAGCGCUAUCAUUCAGGAGGCCGGCUAGUACCUGGCGGGAUCGCCAGUCCCCCGGGAUCUGGCGGCUCCACCGGAAACACCGGGAAUUCGAACUCAGCGGCUGCGAGACGCGGCAAUCGCAGACUCACGCGCAAUGAGAGCCGCUAUCAUUCCGAGGUGCGCCAGGAGGCGGUGCAACAAGCUUUGGCAGCGAUGCAGGGUCGUCCGAAGCCGUCGUUGCCGAUGCCAUCGAAAAGAACCUCCGUGAUGGCUAGGAGUCCCGACCGAGAGCGUCGCGACAGCGGGGAGUCGAGUAGCGACGAGGACAGCGUCGUCACCGAAGAGAGUCCUGGUGCUGGUGGUCCAACGGGCACAGGACUGUCGGAUACCAGCAGCACCGGUUCGGCGCGAGACACGCCUCCGCCUCCGAGACCACCGGCUAGGAGACCUCCUUGCGCGGACAUCACAGAUAUCGCGGAAUACACGCCUCACGCGUACUGCAACAUCCAGCCGCCGGACGUGACGCACACCAGCAACACUCCGGCUGCACAGCAGUCGACCAGGCGACCUGGCGCUGAUCGAGUGAAUCGUUAUCACGUGGUCGAGGAUCAGAACAACACCGGCACUACCGGCCGCUGGAAAGUAUCCGCUAAGAUUCAACAGUUGUUGAAUACUUUGAAACGACCGAAACGACGACCGUUGCCUGAAUUCUACGAGGACGAUGACAUCGAGCUGGAAAUCGCCGCCAAUCCCAAAGAUCCGAACGCUCCGAAACCGGAAGGCGGCUCUAUGACCUCCGCCGUUGGCGAGCCACUUUCGGUCGCCGCGGGAUUGCCCAGGUCGCUCGAGGCCGCCAUACAAAGGUAUGGCUCGGCAUCGUAUAAGGCGCCAGUGGCGACAGUUCUCGAUCCAAACGGCAAGCUUUGCGUAACGCUCACCUAUGGAAAGCUUCUGAGUCGUUCUCAUAAAAUAGCCUACACGCUGUUGAACAAGGCUCUAAGUCGCGGCGGGGAUUGUUGUUUGAAACCUGGCGAUCGAAUCGCCCUGGUUUACCCAAACAACGACCCCAUUAGCUUCAUGUGCGCAUUUUACGGUUGUCUUCAAGCCGGCAUUGUGCCUGUGCCGAUCGAAGUCCCUUUGACGCGUCGAGACGCAGGCUCCCAGCAGAUUGGUUUUCUUUUGGGCAGCUGUGGAAUUCAGGUGGCAUUAACCAGCGAAGCUUGUCUGAAAGGUCUGCCAAAAACGGCGGCUGGCGAGGUAGUGGCAUUCAAAGGCUGGCCAAAGCUUCACUGGUUCGUUACGGAACAUCUGGGCAAAACGCCGAAAGAUUGGCUGCCACCGCCGCGAUUAACCGACGACACUCCGGCGUACAUUGAGUACACGACGGACAAGGACGGGUCGGUGAUGGGAGUGACGGUGACGAGAUCGGCGAUGCUGGCACAUUGUCGAGCUCUGACGCAAGCCUGCGGCUACACGGAGGGAGAGAACGCCGUCUGCGUUUUAGACUUCAAACGAGAGGUUGGCCUGUGGCACAGCACCCUCACCAGCGUUCUAAACGGGAUGCACGUGAUCUUUAUUCCGUACGCUCUGAUGAAAGUAAAUCCCGCGAGCUGGAUGCAGAUGAUCACCAAGCAUCGUGCCAGCGUGGCUGUGGUGAAAUCGCGAGACCUCCACUGGGGUCUUCUUGCCACGAAAGAUCACAAGGACAUUUCCUUGUCGUCACUGAGAUUGUUGUUGGUCGCGGACGGUGCCAAUCCCUGGUCACUUUCCUCCUGCGACCAAUUCCUUUCGGUAUUCCAAUCUAAAGGUCUGCGGCCUGAUGCCGUGUGUCCGUGCGCGUCCUCCAGCGAAGCUCUCACCGUAUCGGUGAGAAGACCAGGCCGUGCUGGAGUAAACGCCACUGGACGAGGCGUGCUCUCUAUGUCUGGUCUGAGUUACGGCGUUGUCAGAGUCGAUCAAGAGAAUUCUCUCACUUCCUUGACUCUUCAAGAUUGCGGCCAAGUGAUGCCCGGAAGUAUCGUUGUUGUGAUCAAGAUGGAAGGACAACCGUUCAUCUGCAAAACCGACGAAGUAGGCGAGAUCUGCGUGCAUAGUUCGGCAACUGGAAACCAAUAUUGGGGACUACAGGGACUGACGAAUAAUACGUUUAAAGUCUCCCCGCUUCAAGCCGAUGGAAGUCCGCUGGGUGAUGUAGAAUACACCCGUUCUGGUCUAUUGGGUUUUCUGGGUCCUGGUGGCCUUGUGUUCGUUUGCGGUUCGCGCGAUGGUCUUAUGACGGUCACGGGAAGGAAACAUAACGCCGACGAUAUCAUUGCUACUGUGUUAGCCGUUGAACCCAUGAAGUUCAUUUAUCGUGGAAGAAUAGCCGUUUUCAGCGUACGCGUCCUCAGGGACGAGCGAAUAUGCGUCGUUGCAGAACAAAGACCCGACUGCAGCGAAGAGGAAAGUUUCCAAUGGAUGUCCCGGGUACUUCAAGCGGUAGAUUCCAUUCACGCUGUUGGAAUAUAUUGUCUGGCGUUGGUUCCGCCAAAUUACCUUCCGAAAACACCGCUGGGCGGUAUUCAUUUGUCGGAAACGAAACGACGUUUCCUAGAGGGUACUCUACACCCGGCUAAUGUUCUUCUUUGUCCGCACACUUGUGUUACCAAUCUACCCAAACCACGCGAAGUCCAUUCAGCGGGGGAUUCUGUUGCAGACGUUGGUCCGGCCAGUGUCAUGGUGGGCAACAUUGUUCAAGGUAAUAGACUAGCUUCGGCCCAAGGACGAGACAUGGGUGUCCUAGACGAGGAUAGUGAUAAUGCUAAAAAGUAUCAAUUUAUUUCGGAAAUACUUCGAUGGCGUGCUGUCAGUACCUCCGACCAUGUUAUUUUCACGUCGCUGAAUGCAAAAGGAGCCGUAGCAACUUCCUUGUCAUGCUCUCAGUUGCACAAGAAAGCCGAACGGAUCGGCAAUCUGUUGUUAGAUCGUGGAAGAAUCAAUACCGGAGAUCACGUGGCAUUAAUAUUUCCUCCUGGUACUGACUUGAUAUGCGCGUUUUAUGGUUGCCUGUAUGUUGGCGCCGUGCCAGUUACGAUUAGGCCACCUCACCCGCAAAACCUCCAAACCACUUUACCAACCGUUCGCAUGAUCGUGGACGUCAGUAAGUCUGUGCUCGUGCUCACGAAUCAAAAUAUCCUGAAACUGUUGAAAACAAAGGAAGCGAAUAAUGUUGUCGACAUUAAGAGUUGGCCGACGAUUCUCGAUAUGGACGACAUGCCAAAGAAGAAGCUACCUGUUAUGUACCGAGCGCCCACAGCGGAGAUGCUGGCUUAUUUGGACUUCAGCGUCUCGACGACGGGGAUGCUCGCAGGAAUUAAAAUGUCCCACGCAGCGGUGACGUCUCUUUGUCGUGCCAUGAAACUUGCCUGCGAAUUGUAUCCAUCUAGACACAUCGCUCUAUGCUUGGAUCCCUACUCUGGAUUAGGAUUCGCUCUUUGGUGUCUGAGCAGUAUAUACAGCGGUCAUCAUUCCAUACUUAUACCACCGUCGGAGGUGGAAGCUAAUCCGGCAUUGUGGCUGUCGGCAGUUAGUCAAUCCAGAGUAAGAGAUACAUUCUGUUCUUACGGUGUGAUGGAAUUGUGCACGAAAGGUCUCGGUUCUUCUGUUCAUGCUCUGAAAGCGAGAGGCGUUAGUUUGGCCUGUGUUAGAACGUGCGUCGUUGUCGCUGAAGAAAGACCGCGAAUCGCACUUACUACGAGCUUCAGUAAACUCUUCUCCGCUUUGGGUCUGAGUCCCCGUGCGGUCUCGACCUCGUUCGGAUGUAGAGUAAACACCGCUAUUUGCUUACAGGGUGCAUCGAGCCCAGAACCUUCUACGGUAUACGUUGAUCUCCGCGCAUUGCGCAACGACCGAGUAUCCCUGGUUGAAAGAGGUAGUCCGCACUCUUUGUGCCUGAUGGAAUCAGGCAAAUUAUUACCAGGAGUGAAAGUAAUCAUUGCCAAUCCAGAAACGAAAGGACAAUGCGGAGAUUCUCAUUUAGGCGAAAUUUGGGUGCAGUCUGCUCACAAUGCCAGUGGCUAUUUCACGAUAUAUGGCGACGAGAGCGACUACGCGGAUCAUUUUAACGCUCGCCUCGUAACAGGAAACACGAAUGAAGUUUACGCCAGAACUGGUUAUCUCGGUUUCCUAAGACGUACCGAAAGCGUUCAACAGUCGGUUAUCAGUGACAUUCCCGGUGACACAUCUACCGAGGCGGAUCUGGUUCCUGGUGAUUCUGAGUUACACGAUGCUGUGUUCGUGGUUGGCGCCCUCGACGAAGCCAUUUUACUUAGGGGAAUGCGAUAUCACCCGAUCGAUAUCGAAAACAGCGUAAUGAGGUGUCACAAGAAGAUAGCAGAAUGUGCCGUAUUCACAUGGACCAACCUCCUAGUAGUAGUGGUGGAACUCGACGGAAGUGAAAGCGAAGCUUUAGAUCUCGUGGCGUUAGUUACCAGCGCUGUACUAGAAGAACACCAUCUGGUAGUCGGUGUGGUAGUCGUAGUAGAUCCCGGAGUAGUUCCAAUAAAUUCGCGUGGCGAGAAGCAACGAAUGCACUUGCGUGAUGGUUUCCUAGCGGACCAGCUCGAUCCGAUUUACGUAGCGUAUAACAUGUGAGCGAUAUCAGAGAACGCAGAAAAUGCAUUACAUAACGAACAACAAGAGACUGGUAUCGUACUUUCCAGUCAUGUCCUUACUACCAUGCCGACGCAUAGGUAUUCUCGACUCGAAGUCGCGAACUGCAUUUCAAAUUUUUGUCCUUUGUUAAAGGAGGUGAUCUCUCUACGGAGAAGUUGGAAUAUAUUGCGAGGACUCGACGUAUUUUUAAAGCGAACAUCGUCCCUAAACAAUUUAUAUCCUUCGUUUGAAAGAAUAACGUGUGUAUUCAAAUUUUUUAUCUCGUCGAUGUAUUAAAAGGAGUAAGAAAGUUCGUCACACUUUGAAAUUUCCAACCGCUUGGUUAUCGAUACUUAUUACUUAUGAGAGGAAGCAUUACUUUCUGCGUUGUGAGUAGCAAGUGUGAACGCUCGUUAGGAGAGAAGGAGAAACAGGAAGAAUAUAAAAGAACCGCUGUAGACAGGAAAUGUCGACAAACGAUUACUUUAUAAAAAGUAGUCGACCGAGAAUUCUACUUAAAACGAUGAAGAAUGUCGAAGGAUAUGCUGAAAGCAUUAUGAAUGCUUACAGAGUUAAGGAGAUUUACGUAACCAUUCGUAUAGCAUCAACGAUUCUCAACUCGCAGCGAAGAAGCAAAAAUGCAAAAUUAAUCUUGAACAUCUUCGAACUUGAGACUGCCACGGACAAGUAUAUACAGCUCAGACAUGACUCAGCUGUUUUUGCUAAAAUUAUGCUUUUAUACAUUGUAUUACCUGAAUAUUAAAGUGACGAAUAGUACCAGUCAUUAUUUAUCAACGACAUCAGAACGGUAGUGAGCUUUUUUAUAAGAGGAAAAUGGAAGAAGUUAUUUUAACGAAGAUGUAACUUUAACGAGUGAGUUUCAUUGAGAAAUCGCACUUCAUUAAAAAAAAUGGACGAUUGUUCCGCGAACUAGGUACAGGUAUAUACAAUUAUCUGAUGUCUAUUAGAAAAAGUAAAAGAAUUUGAUACACUUUAUCGUAGACUCGUGUAGCUUGACAAUUUUUUACUACAUAAAGUAACGGUUAGCUAACGUAAUCACACUAUUGUAACGUAAAAAGUUUUAACUGUCUACAUUUUUUCUAAUAUAUCGUUGCUGGAAAGGCAUAUAUACAUAGUUCGCUAUCGCUCUGACUAUCUAAUUUUCGUUCGGGGAAGUUUCUACGUUGUUGGUGUCUUACAACGAUUUUUAGAUGAAUCGAUUUGGAGACAUGGCCGAGUGGUCGUAACUUCAAUUCGAUAAAGGUUUCGUUACAUUUAGCUGCGUUGCGCACAACAUCGCUCUUUUUAUACGUUAAAGUAUUUAUAUUAUAUUUCACAGCACGCAGUAAACCCUGAAUACGGUGUUACAUAUGUUCUGAAAGUGUACUUUUUUUAUACUCACGUCCAUUGAAAGUUUACUCUCUUCCAAUUUCGACGAAAACAAUGAACACAAAGUAGUGUAUAUGUAUUCUUAAGUUUGUAAAGUUUGAAUGAAAAUGAUUUAUUGCGUGCUGAGAGGGUACACUUUGAAAAUCAGCCGAAUCACUUAGACAAUUUUUCCAUAAAAAAGAAAGACUAAGACGACGUUAACGCAAAUUUGCAUCUCAGGGUUUUACAUCAUUUAUGACAAAUGAUAUGAUAUAAAAAAAAGAAGCUAUUUAGAACAACUCUUUUUGGAUGACAUUUAAAAAGGAAGACAAGGAAUAUGAUAGCACAAAGAAUUCAAGCAAGAAAGUAGUCGAAAUAAGUAGCGCCGAUGCGUCUGACCCUGCAGUUUUUAUCUCUCUAGCCGAUAUGGAAAAGUUACCCUCGAACUAUAAAUAUCGGUCAACGUAUACGCCAAAAAUUUAAAUAUACGCCAACUUUCCUCUCCUUUUCUUCUUACCUUUUUAUGCACAAAUGCGUUCUUUUCGUAAAAUUGGUCUUUUUGAUCAAAGCUCAAUCUACGUAUAUCAACAACGCUACGACAAUAAUCGACUUUCGGGUUAAAAUCACUUAUUUUCUUUCUUAUUCUUACAUUCGAUUAAAUUUACGUUUAGUUUUAUUUGUUAACCGACCAGAGUUUCAAUCGAGCGUCAUAACUGAAAGUUCGAUUACUUGGAAAAUUGUAUCAAUUUCCAUAACAGGUUCAAAUGACAACGAGCGAGAUAUUGGCAACGUAUAGAUCAUUGUUGGCCUAUCGAUAAUUAUUUGCAAGCGCAGAGAUCUACUCAUGCAUGUAUGUACGUAUACUGUCUACGCCAUUUUGCUCAAACAUUGCGGAGAAGUAGAGAAAAAAGCAAAGAAGUAGAUGGGAAGAAUUACGAUUAAAACCCGAAGGUCGAUCGCGUCCUUUCUCCUCUUAUUGGAGUUUUAUUAUUUUUGAGAUGUUUUCUAUCGAUGUGUACAUUUGUUGAUAGUUUUAUAAUUUUAUAUUCUUAUUUUAAUAUAAUGGCAUACGACUAUGAGGCGUGCACCGACCCUCGAGGUACCGUGCAUCGGCUCUUGCCAGAAACGUGUUGCAAUUUAAACGAAGCGGACUUGUCAAUUUCAUCUUUUUUCUUUGCGUCGUUAGAAGGCUCGUAUUAAACUUCGUACGAAAAUAGACGCGCGUAUUAUCGUCGCUUUACAUAUUGUAAUUUUCUCUUGUAUCGCGCACUGUAAAAACGUAGGUAGUGCGAUGCAACCUGUUCCACAACUUGGUUAUGUUUACAACAGAGAUAUAACCUACGCUAACAAUAUUGGCGGUUUCUACAGAAAAAUGAAAUUUCACGCGAAAGAAAAGAAUAUCAAGGCCUAUUUUUGAACGGAACAAUAUUUUGCGCAAUGUUUCUCCCGGCAACAAUAACACUCGUAUAUAUUGAUCUAAUUCAGAAUAUUGAAUCGUUGAAGUGUAAGAACGUAAACUAUUUACGUUAUACGUGAAAUGAAUACGAGUAGACUAAGUAAUCGCACAAGGCGUGUCUAUAAUAAAUACGAAGUAGUAGAGUUAAAUACGAGCCUCGUAAUUGAAGAAGCCCAGUCUAUCGGGAACCGACUCCGAUCAUCGACGAUAACCUCGUUGACGCGAUAUGCAUAAUUCGCAAGUUAUAAUAAUAAUUAGUUAUCCCAUAUUCCGGGCGCCAAUUUACAGGCGCCAAAAUGUAAAUACGUAUAGAAACAGACGAGUUAGGCUCCUUUUCUUCGAUACGUCUUACAUUUCUCACGGUUGCUGUAAUCGCAUUGGACACAAUGUUUAUGUUCGUUUGCGAUACAACGUACGCGAGAAUAUCGAAUUACGAGCUCUUGUUCGUUUCAUCUGUUUUGUGUUGGUAGCAACGAAACAGUGACUAUCAUCGGAUACGUACAACAGUAGGAAAAUGUAAAACGUUUCAAGCGUAAAGGGUGUUAAAUACGGUUCUAUAGACCCUCUCUUUAUUACUUUUUCUUUUUUUUUUUCUCUCUCUCUCUCUUUUAAUGAUUAAGGUAUCGUGCCAUGUCAUCUUACGUCCUUUCGCGCUUUUACGCACGAAGAGACACCGAUGAUAAUAAUAAAGAAUCGCGCGUCGCCGUUCUACAGGAUCGUAUAUCAAUUCACCGGUAUUUUAUUUAAAUAGCUGUACGCCGAGAUUCUCGGAACGUUAGGCUACGUAGAAGCGUGCGUUGUGUCUGCGAAGACGAGGAUGCGCGCGACGAAACUGUUUCUUCGUGCGUAAAAGAUCCGGAAACACAGCGGUGCACCCCGAUCACGGUAGGAAUGUGCAGCGUCAGGAAGUUUUUUAUCGAGUUUGACUAAAAACACACACACACACAAAAAAAAAAGAAGAAAAAGAAGAACCCCGUCUUUUUAUUUAUUACAUAGCAGUAAAACUAUACUUUCGCUUUUCGUUCCUGUUAACCUAUCUGUUUAGAAAAUGUGUUCGUCUAAUUUUCAAGUACAAACCGAAAUCGUAUUCUCACUUUUGACUGGUUCGUUCGUUUACUGUGUAAUGUCCAUUCAACGAUCUGUACAGAUCUGUACAUCUUCAGAGUGUUUCUACCGAGCUAUAACUGAGUGAGAGGAAAAGAGCGAUUGAGAAUUUUUUCACGAAAGUUUCAUUAUCGAGAAAGUAUUUUCAUUGACGAGUAUGUACCGCGCUAGAGUCGCGCGCCGAUUUGUUUGAUAUGCGUAUACACACGAAUCCACGGACCAUGCAAAUGGGGUCAUCGAAGGAUCGAACGAAAAGAGAAGGAACGUUACGCAAUCCUACGAGUGGGGCUGAGAGUGCGUGCGUGCGAGCAACCCGAUUGUAUUAUGUAUAAAUGUUGAUAACUAGUUGAUAGAAACGUGAAGAUACUUGUCACGCCGUUAACGAUCGCGUAUUAUCACGUUCGAUUCGGAACAAAAAAAAAAAAAAAAAAGAUAGGUCGAUCGAUUGUGAAAUCUUAGGAUCUCUCUGAGAAACGGUAUCGCGUAAUCCUGGACCCUGGUUUAAUGGUCCUAGGCUGUGUAAAUACUACCCUUGUACCCAUUGCGUUUAGAGGUUACUAAGGUACAAUAUAGUUUGUACGUUGAAGUAUAUAUAUAUUAUAUAUAUAUAUAUAAAUAUUACCACACAGAGUAAUAAUAUAAACGGUCGCUGUCCUUACCAAGCCGUAGCAUUUUGCCUGUAUCAGUCGGACGAGAAUAUUAAUAUUUCGUGUAUCCACCCCUCGUACCAAGUAUCAGCCCGUUUUCAUUCCUUCUCGUCUCUUCGAUCGAGACGCGGAAGGAUUGAUAAAAAAAAAAUACAGAAAAGAAAAGAAAAAAUAAACGGGAUAAACGCGAGAAAUCGAAGCACAGGAAUUAUAGGAACAUCAUAGCAAUUUCUCUAUGGUCCGUAGCGGACUUUUUCCUUGUUUCAAGUGAGCAAAAAGGAAGGAAAAGAAGGAGGGAACAAAAGGAAGCAAUGAAACAACACAAUCGGUCGUGUAUCGUACCACGUGUUGCAUCGUAAAUUACUCGAACCUUUAAAACCAAGCGCCUCUUUGUAACCCAUUCGAUAUUCACGAGGAGCUUCGCGAGCUACCAUCAAUAAACGUAAUGUACAUUUUUUUGCAACGA